AUGGAGGUCUAUAGAGACGACAUGCUCGUCAAGAGCGUCACAGUUGCAGACCACAUCAAGAACCUGGGCAUCGUCUUUGACAUCUUACUCAAGUAUGGCAUGCGACUUAACCCAGACAAGUGCGUGUUUGGCGUACUUGGUGGAAAAUUCCUGGGCUUCGUAGUCAACGAGAGAGGUAUUGAAGCAAAUCCAGAGAAGGUACAGGCCAUCCUCAAUAUGGCACCACCAAAGACAAGAAAUGAGGUACAAUCCCUCAUUGGGAAGGUUGUCGCUCUCGCCCGGUUCAUAUCACGCUUAACCGACAAAUGCGCUCCCGUUUUCAAGCUCCUUAAAACUCACCACACCGAGAAAAUCAAUUGGGGGCCCGAGGAUGACAAAGCUUUUCAAGUAUCGGUCACGGCAAUCAGCGCUGCCCUGGUCAGGCGCAAGAACAGUGAUGAACUGCCAGUCUAUUACAUCGGCAAGGGGUUCAACAAUACCGAGUCCAGACCGCGCACAGCUAUCAAGGGGCAUGCUGCUGCAAACUUCAUACCUCGCGAGGACAGCGAGCCCUCGGAUGAGAUGGCAUCGGAACCCCACUCCACUCCGAAAUGGACCCUUAACGUCGUCAAAUCCUCCAACAGUAAGCUCAGUGGAGUCGGAGUGGUCAUAAUAGACCCAGAGGGACACACCUACGAGUAUGCGCUACAAUUCAAGUUCAAAGCAUCAAACAACGCAGCCGAGUACGAGGCGCUCAUAGAUGGCAUCCAGUUGGCAAAAGAAUUGGGAGUCUCGAACCUGGCAAUCUUCAGCGAUUCCCAACUUGUCGUAAACCAAGUCGGUGGCGACUUCCAGGCCAAGGAACCACAUCUAUCUCGUUACCAAUCACUCACCAAGACCCUACUUCAACGUUGCCUCAUCAGCCACACCAUCGCUCUGAUUCCCCGAGCACAGAAUACCAAGGCAGAUGCUGUUGCCCGAUUGGCGACAUCCCCGCCAAACAUAGAUAUCGGAAGCCUCAAGAUGGAAAUCCUGGAAAAGCCGAGUAUCGACAAGUCGUUCUCGGAAAUAUUCCUUACGGAGAGCAAGUGCCGACCUUCGUGGAUGGACCCAUUCAUUGAUUACCUCUCCAAAGGUAUCGAGCCAACGAACAGGACCAUCGCCACUAGACUCCGCAGAAGGGCAACACUAUACACGGUCCAAGAAGGCAAGUUGUACAGGAAAGGAAGGUCAUUCUCACUGCUGAAGUGCAUCUCCCUCGAGGUCUGCGGCAACCACGCAGUGGCAAGAAACCUCGCAUUUAAGGCACUGCGCACAGGGUACUACUGUCCCACAAUCGAGCAAGAUGCAAAGCGUAUCGCUAGCGCCUGCCUCAAAUGCCACCAGUUUGCCAACUCCCCUCUCGCACCGUCAGUACCACUCUCAAUUAUCAUCGCCCCUUGGGCAUACUGCCAAUGGGGACUUGAUUUCAUUGGAAAAUUCUCGACGGCACCAGGACAGCUAAAAUUUGUCAUUGUCGCCGUUGAUUACAACACUAAAUGGGCGGAGGCCGAGGCUCUAGCCAUGAUCACAGUCGCCAAGGGACUUCGUCGGCCAAUACGGCACAACGAUUUGAUAUGCCUCACCCGCACACCCAUAGACAAAUGGCCAGGUCGAAGAGUCAACAAAAUUAUCAAGCAAAACCUGAAGAAGAGGCUGGAUGACACCAAGGGCUUAUGGGCAGAGAAGCUACCCGAGGUCCUGUGGGUGAUCAAAAUGACCCCCACAGAGGCCAAUGGCGAGUCCCCUUUCUGCUUAUCCUUCGGCACUGAGGCAGUAAUCCCGAUCGAACAAGAGGUCCAAAGCAAUAGAAUGGCAUGCUUCGACGCACUCACCAACUCAGAGGGGCUGAGCCUCGAUUCUGACCUCUUAGAAGAACACCGAGAGCGAGCCCAACUCCGCAACAUCAACAACAAACAACGUAUCGCCCGAUACUACAACGCAAAGGUCAUGCCUCGCCUUCUUUCUGUUGGGGAUUGGGUGAUGAAAGAAAAGAUGCCUACUCCAACGGGGUUAAAAGCCACUUGGGAAGGACCAUACGAGAUCACCGAGGCCGUCAGACCCUCUACCUUCUAUUUGAGGGGCGCGGACGGUAUUACUCUGCCACAUCCUUGGAACGCCCAGCACCUUGGCUACUACCCCAGGUAG